AGGGCGGGGGUUAGGCCGCAGCCGGAGCACGGGCCCCCGGCGCCGGGGCGAUGGAGUCCCUGUGCGAGUACCUCAUGUAUUUCCCGGCCGGCCCGGUGCCGGAUUACCGGCGUUACCGCGGCCUGCCCCGGCGGGCCCAGCUCUACCUCGGCGAGACCGUGCGCUUCGUGCUGGUGGUGCGCCGCCGGGGCCAGGGCCCGAGCCCAGGCCCAGGCCCAGGCCCGGGGGAGGGCGGCCCGGAGGCCCCGGGCCUGGACCCCGGCAGCUGGCGGGAGCUGUCCGCCUCGCUGUCGGCGCUGGCCAGCGUCUGCCCCGGGCUCCAGCACCGGGCCCCGCCGCCGCCCCACCACCACCACCGGCCCCUCCCCGAGGACCCCGGGCCCGCGGCCCCUCCCCCCGCACCGGGACCGGCCCCGGGACCGGGACAGCCCGAGGACGGGGCCGCGCCGCAGCGUCAGGCGGAGGGAGAGGAGCUGGAGACGGAGCAGGAGGCGGAGGAGGAGGCCGGCGGGUUCCGGGAGUGCCGCCCCCUCCUCACCCACGGGGGGGGGCUCCCCGGGAAGGAGGGCGGCUCGGCAGGCCAGGCUACAGUGGAGGAGCCGAUAAUUCACAACGAUGAAGUUAUCUUUCCGCUGUCGGUGGCUCUGGACAAGUUACCGGUUGGAACCAUAAAGGCAAAGAUCAUCGUGACGGUGUGGAAGAGAGACCGGGAGAAAGCCGAGGUGAGGGAGCACGGUUACCUGACUAUCCUGCAGAACCGGAGCCCCUCCCAAACCUUCCGGGAAGAUCAGAGUGGCUUCAAAGCUCAAGUGAGUACGUUGCUGACGGUGCUGCCGCCUCCAACAGUGAAGUGUCGACAACUUAACAUCUCGGGGAAACAGCUGACUGUUCUGAAAGUGUUAAACACCUCCUCUCAGGAGGAACUCUCCAUUCAGGACGUCCGGAUUUUGCCAAACUUUAACGCCAGCUACCUGCCCAUGAUGCCGGAUGGUUCGGUGCUGCUCGUGGACAAUGUCUGCCACCAGUCGGGGGACGUGUGCGUGGCGUCCUUCUGCAGGAUGAGCGGGAAUUCCAGCCGCCUCCCGACGAAGCUCAGUGCCCUGGAGGAGCAGGCCUUCCUCUUCCAGCUCCAGGUCAACGAGAGGCCACAGCCAGACACCAAGGAGGGUCUGGAGGUGCCACUGACUGCGAUAGUGUGCUGGUCCACGGCUAACCUACCCCUAGACAACAAGAUCUACACCCACUAUAGGCUGCCGAACAUUCAGCUGAACCGCCCCAAGUUUGUGAUGAUGGCUUCGUGCGAGUCUCCCGUCUCCCUGUACAAGCGCUUCACGGUCAAGUACACACUCCUGAACAACCUGCAAGACUUCCUGGCCGUGCGGCUGGUGUGGACUCCCGAGAGUGCCCUCAGCUCACAGGCUGGAAAGAAGCUGUCAGAGGAGGAUCUCCGAGCUGCUGAGACCACCACCAACUCCGUGGUGUGCCACACACCCCUCAACCACUUGGGCUACUGCAAGAAAGGCAGCUCCGUGACGUACACCGUCGCCUUCCAGGUGCUGCGCGCCGGCCUUUUCGAGCUGAGCCAGCACAUGAAGUUGAAGUUACAGUUCACAGCGAGUGUGACAAACCCACCACCUGAGGCGCGGCCGGUGUCCCGCAGGAACAGCCCGAGCAGCCCCGCAGUCCGGGACCUGAUGGAGCGGUACCAGGCCAACCUGGGCAGAUCGCAGUCUUUCUCCCACCAGCAGCCAGCACGGAGCACCCAGCUCAUCAGGACCGGGAGCGUGAUGGAGCGCCGAGCGAUCACCCCGCCCGUGGGCUCCCCCAUCGGCCGCCCGCUCUACCUCCCCUCGGAAAAGGCCGUGCUGUCCGUCGACAAGAUCGCCAAGCGAGAGUGCAAGGUGCUGGUGGUGGAGCCCGUCAAGUAGGGAAUGUGGAGGGGGGCGCGGGGUGGGGGGAGUGAGGCCGGUGCUGUCUCCUCCAGCGAAGCUAGGGGACAGCGCCAAGCAUCCCGCUGCUCACCGCUCCCUCCCUCCCUCGGGGAGAGGCCCCCCCCGGGCUGGUUUUUGUUGAAUGGCCGUCGCUCUUCCUGCGUCACGGCGGCCUGGGAAGCCCCUCAGUCCCCUCGCUUUCGGGCCGUCGUGAGCGCGUGUCUCGUGUUGGGUGAAACCACCACCCCCACCCCCCCAGGGUGGUGUCCAAAGUCAUCUUGUAUGGGGGGAGGGUGCCACAGAAACAUGUCCCUCUGCAGAUCAGCUGCGUCCACGAGCGAAAUGGCCCCCCGCCUUGUGUUUCAGGGGGGAGGGGGGGGUUGAAAUAUCAAAGUCCAACCCCUCCCCCGGUCCCCCGACUGAAUGCUUGGGUGACAAUCCUAGCCAGCAUCCCCCUCUUUCCCCCCCACCCCGGGGCUCCAAUUCCGUCUCCCGCGCUGGUAGAAACUCCUCCCACCUUUCUGCUGUUACGCAUUGCUCCAGUACCCCAGCUCCCCCUCCAUCUCCCCACCCCCACCCCCCCGGGGCAGAGCAUUGCGCUGCCAACUCCAUCGAGAUCGCCAAAUCUCUGUUCCCCUUCCCUGGCACGCGUGGGGUCUUGAACGUCAUGUCAUGGGCAGAGGCCGGACGCCCAGGCAAAGGGAUCUCACCUGGCACGGUGCCCGCUCCCCCCGCCAUCAACAAUGCUGAGCUUCAGUCUUUGUCGGGGGGUCUGUCUAUCCCCCCCCCGAACAGUUGAUGAUUUGUGAAAUUCCCGUUGAGGGUAAUGGCAGCCAAAGCUGUAGAGAGUCUCUGGUUAAUGUGACGUGGAGUCACCGAGAUAUACAGCACAGAAACAGACCCUUCAGUCCAACUCAUCCCCAGAUACCCCAACCUCCUCUCAUCCCAUUGGGAUAAAUAGAGAGGGUCUUUUCCCUGGGGUGGGGGAGUCCAGAACUAGAGGGGCAUAGGUUUAGGGUGAGAGGGGAAAGAUAUAAAAGAGACCUAAGGGGCAAUGUUUUCACUCAGAGGGUGGUACGUGUAUGGAAUGAGCUGCCAGAGGAAGCGGUAGAGGCUGGUACAAUUACAGCAUUUAAAAGGCUGGGGAUAUGGAUAGGAAGGGUUUAAAGGGAUAUGGAUUUUUCUGAUGGAAAUUUUUUUUCUGUGCUGCUCAGCUUAAAAUUAAAUUAACACACUCAGCAUCUACAGGUAUGGUUUAAGGUUUCGAUCGAUUCUGGGUGGUGUGUGCGGCUGUAUUCACCAUCCACCCGAUCGGUGCCAAGAAUUCCCAGACUGCGGUAUCCCUUCCAGUUUCCUUCCCUACGAUGUCUGUCCUCUAUCUUAUGGAAAUCAUUCACUGUCUGCACUUCCCCUCCCCUCUGUUCCACAUCACUGCCACUUGCUGCCGGACGGAAGGUUGGUUCAUCUCCCUCCCCCCACCCCACCCAUACCCAUUGAUCCAAAACCUUGUGUCUGUGUGUGUGUCACUGUGUGUGUGUCACUGUGUGUGUGUCACUGUGUGUGUGUCACUGUGUGUGUGUGCGUGCGAGUGUGCGUCUGUGUGUCUGCGUGCGCAGGCGAGUGUGUGUCUGUGUCUGCGUGCGCGUGUGUGUGUGUGUCCCCGGUCCUUGUAGGAGCAGCUUCUGUAUACACACCUUCUCCAAAUCCUGUCAGAACCUUGUGCGGCUCCAUCAGAAUCUCCCCCUCAUUCGGAAGACAGCCCAAGCUUUUGCAGCUGAUCCCUGGAACAUUUUCUGGUCAAUCCCUUCUGCCCUGAAGAAUGAUGACUGUGACUGGACCCUGCACUCCAGGUUUGAGAAAGGAAGCUGACUGAGUCAGCUCCCGUGGCACAGACUAGAUUCACUGACCCUCAGUUGUCCUGCUCCAGAGCCUGCAAUCAGGCGUUAUUGAACCCGAAAGGGUUCAGAAAAGAUUUACAAGGAUGUUGCCAGGGUUGGAGGGUUUGAGCUACAGGGAGAGGCUGAACAGGCUGGGGCUGUUUUCCCUGGAGUGUCGGAGGCUGAGGGGUGACCUUAUAGAGGUUUAUAAAAUCAUGAGGGGCAUGGAUAGGGUAAAUAGACAAAGUCUUUUCCCUGGGGUCGGGGAGUCCAGAACUAGAGGGCAUAGGUUUAGGGUGAGAGGAGAAAGAUAUAAAAGAGACCGAAGGGGCAACUUUUUCCACACAGAGGGUGGUACGUGUAUGGAAUGAGGAAGUGGUGGAGGCUGGGACAAUUACAACAUUUAAAAGGCAUCUGGAUGGGGAUAUGUCAGAGAAAUUAGCCCAGUAAAGCCGAGAUCUCACAAACCAGAUCGGGUGAAACUGACAGGUUAUUUAUUACAAGCAGUAUGGCUGGAAGAGAAAUUGAUGAGGCUGACCCAGAACUGACGGUCUGUGCAGGUAGACUAAGGGUUCUCUUCCUCGAGCUGAGGAAGAAGCCAGGUUUUAUAGUAAUCUUGUACAAGAAGGUUAAUUAAAAUGGGGAAAGAUACAGUGUAUUUGAACUGGAGUAAUCCAGUUACAAUGGGGACAAUUGGAAACCAGUUAUUGGAACAAUGUCCUGAUUCUCGAUGCAACGUAACGUCCCAACAGUAUCAAUGGGAUCAGGAGAUUCCCUUUCUCUUUUGUAGGUUGGGGAGAAUAUCUCUUUUGAACCAGUAAGGUGUUUCCAUUGUCCUGUCCUGGGAGGGAGGUCUUUGGUGGUGCCCCUCUGUCUGACUUGUUCUUUGUGUGGCUUUGGUAUUGCCAGGGUAUGAGACUGCCCUGGGACAGUUGUGUUGAUGUGGCAUUGUUAGUGGGUGUUGGGAAGUGUAUUCCCUUGUCUGUGAGUGCUGACUGGUUUCACUUGUUAGCCUGCUUGGUCAUUGCUGAGGUAUUCUGGGUGUUUCUGGUAUAGUCUGGCCAAGUUUGCUUUCUUAUGUUCAGUGUGGGCCUGCUAUGGGUAGGUAGGGUGGCAGAUCUUUUCCCACAGUGGGGUUACUGUUUGGAGGGUUAGCCAGGACUGGUUGGGCCAAAUGGCCUGUCGGGAUUCUAUGAUUGCGUACCUAUCACACCAAAUGGCUUGAGGCUCCCAUCCCAUUGGUUCCAGUGGGGGGAGGCUGACCCCCCCCCUCUCUGCAUUACAAAAAGAUCAGUAGAAUGCCCUCAGCGGAAACCAUUCACCCAUCCUGUCUGUGCUAGCCCACUGCUCUCUGCAAGAGCGGCUCAAUAGAUGGGCCAAGUGCUGGCAAACGGGCCUAGCUUAAUUUUGGAUAUCUGGUCGGUGUGGACGAGUCGGGCCGAAGGGUUGGUACAUCUCUCCGGCAAACACCAGCCAAACAAAUCGCUGACCCCUGCUCAGUUUGAGACGUCUUACCUGGUGGGUAAUGAAUACAGCUGCACACUGCCACCAGAAUCAUUCACAGUGUAAAACCAUGCCUGGAGAUGGUGUGUGUCUCGAUGUAAUGGGAGUGUUUUACCCUGAGCAGCACCAGGAGAAUGUGAUGGUCAUUAACCUGACGGCCUUGACGGGUUUAGCUAAGCACUGCAGCUAUUACCUUGGCCUGGAAUAGUCAGUUCCAGCCCAUGUAACAUUGCGGGUGACUGCAGGAAGGAGAUCCCGACGACAGGACAGUGUUUGGACGGGUCGGGGUUUUGGAUUUGACCCUUCAGUGCAGGCCGUGUACAUUAACAAUGACCAACAUCUCAGCUAGCCUUGAUAGUGACCAUGGUCUGUUCUAGACCAGAUCGCAUCCCCUUGAAAUAUCUGAAGGAGAGAGCCUGGAGUCAGACCUCCUGUUACAGUAAAGGCAGUGCUGUGUCCCAGAUGCAGUUUGACUGGUCACGUUACUCUGUGCUAAACAAAACACCAUUUAUUCAAAUGCUAUGGUUAAAAUACAAGAAGAAUUUAACUCUAUUGGAAAACUUAACCGAUUAGCAGAUGCCUGUUGCUAAUUAAUUAAAGGUUGGCGCGGUGUCUCAGUGGUUAGCACUGCUGCCUCCCAGCGCCAAGGACCUGGGUUCGAUCCCACCCUCAGUCGAUUGUCUGUGUGGAGUCUGCACAUUCUCCCCGUGUCUGUGUGGAUUUCCUCUGGGUGCUCUGGUUUCCUCCCAGAGUCCAAAGAUGUGCGGGUUAGGGUGGAUUGACCGUGCUAAAUUGUCCCAUAGUGCCCAGGGAUGUGCAGGUUAGGGUGGAUUGACCGUGCUAAAUUGUCCCAUAGUGCCCAGGGAUGUGCAGGUUAGGGUGGAUUGACCGUGCUAAAUUGUCCCAUAGUGCCCAGGGAUGUGCAGGUUAGGGUGGAUUAGUCAGGGGUAAAUGUUGGUUAGGGAAUUGGGUCUGGGUGCGUUUCUCUUCGGAGAGUCGGUGUGGACUUAUUGGGCUGAAGGGCCUGUUUCUACACUGUAGGGAUUCUAAAUCUACUGCUUAAAAAAAAAAGCUGUUCCAAUAUCGUAACAUCUCAUAAACGCACCCCUUGGUUAAAAAUAAAAGCAGAUUCCGACCGAGCCCCCCAGCUUCUAGCUCGAAUUGAGCGACGGGGGAAAAGUAGGUUCCACUACUUCAGACCCAUAGGAGCAACUGCUCUAAAGCUAAAACCUAAACAUUACAAAAUAAAACUCAAACUCCUGGUUUGUGAGAGCUGGCCACACCCAGCCAGGCUGCUUCUACUGUUCCAACCUUUCCGAGUAGACACCUCGACGCCUCUGCCUCUGUUUUAAGAAAAAAAAGGACAAAAUCACCUUUUUAAAAACCCCACCGCCACAGGGCCAGUUAAGAGAGGUUUGCACCGCGAGGUCUCCGCAGAGUGUAUAUCCCUGCCCUUCCGCUGCACCCUGCCCUGCUGUUAAAGGUAUUGGGAAUGAUCUGUGAGGGUCUCCGGGAGUUCACCAAUUCCCCCAGGAAUGAGGGAAGCAGAAUUUUGAUCAAACCACCUUCUGCAACUCUCGAUAGCAGGAAUUUCCGUUUGUAUUUCUUCCUUCCUCUACAUCUACGCCCGUACGUGUUUGCUGGCAGGUGGGACUGGAUUGGGUCGGGUUAUCUGGUCAGGUUGGACCGAAGGGUCUGUUUCCGUGCUGUCCAUCUCUCUGAGCCUGUGCUGCCCCCCCCAGUCUGAGAGAGCCGGGAGGGGGCUGAUUGGAGACUGUGGUGCAAAACCUCGAGUAAUGUUUGUUGAAGAAUCUGCAAUCCUUUGCCAAGCCCUCUCUUGGCGAGAGGUUGGCAGUGUGGUGUUGUGCUGACACGUCAUUGAGUCAGCUCCCUGCAACCGAAACCUCACGGGGGCACAUUUCACUGGACCCAUCAGCGUACAUGAGACAAUAAACCUCAUUCAAUUUAACAUAGGGGAGAGAGGCAGUCAGCCCUGAUGGACCAUACUGAAGGGCUACAUGGCCGCCUCCUGCUCCUAUUUGACAUCAUCUUAACCCACCAGCAGAGGGGAGCGGGUUUCUCUUGAUCUGCGCUGUCAGCUUCUUCAAUCAUCUCAAACAUUUACCCCCAGAUCGCCCGGAUUUGAGCACAUUAAAGCAAUUUAACCCUUUGAGUCAAAAAGAAAGUGAGGACUGCAAAUGCUGGCGAUCAGAGCUGAAAAUGUGUUGCUGGUAAAGCGCAGCAGGUCAGGCAGCAUCCAAGGAGCAGGAGAAUCGACAUUUCGGGCAUAAGCCCUUCUUCAGGAAUGAAUCAUGGCCGAACGUCGACUCUCCUGCUGCUUGACCUGUUGCGCUUUUCCAGCAACACAUUUUUAACCCUUUGAGUCCCCAGGCUCAUUCUGGUAAAUCUCCCCAUCUGAGGCUAAUACCCCCUUCCGAAGGUAUCUAGCACUCAGCUGAACACACCAGCUCCAGGUGGGGGUUGGAGGAGAAGUUUACAUAAUUCCAGCGUACCUUCCACCCCUCCCCACUCUCUUGUGGACAAGCCCCUGCAGAUAGGAGAUCAGUGUGCACUUGUCUUUGACAUCAAACGGCAGCUGCUGUGAUUUUAAACCUACCAGAGAAACCGUGAUUAUCUGAAAGGCAUGGGUGAGGAGUGGUUUGUUCAGUGAAUCGAAUGCCAGAUAACACAGUGCAGCCGAGCAUCGGGAGCUUGCUGGAUAAUCUGAAAUUUGGAUAAUCGAGGUUGCUGUGGGUGCGUCGAGUUUCCAUCCUGGUGGGAUUGGGGGUAGAGAGCGUGAGCUAUCGGAGGUUUAUGUUGGGAAGGAAGGGCAGGAGGAGGGCGCGUUGUUAAACGUGGACAGACAGGGUACAAUCAAAACUCUAGGGAGGAGCAGCUGCUCAGAAAUGAAACCGUUCCCCUGCCCCCCCCCAGUUUUAUCAUUUGCUGCAAGGUGCCCAGAGCCCCUCACCACCACCGUCUCCCAUCCCACAGGCGAGCAGCCAGUCUCAGCCCCUGUUCCCAAGCGCUCGCUGCGUACAUUGCACUGGCCUGCCCCCUCCCCCAGCCACCGUGGUGGGAGUUAGCCCUGUGGUCAGCGAGGGGUCCAGCCCAUUCCUGCACCGCGGUGUUGGCUGGGCAAGCGUCAGGUCUCGUCGUUCCCAGUUGCCGUUUGUCCUGGCAUGUUUGCAAAUGCACCGUUCACCCAAGCACGGUGGCACAGUGGUUAGCACUGCUGCCUCGCAGCGCCAGAGACCCGGGUUCAAUUCCUGCCUCAGGCGACUGACUGUGUGGAGUUUGCACGUUCUCCCCGUGUCUGCGUGGGUUUCCUCCGGGUGCUCCGGUUUCCUCCCACAGUCCAAAGAUGUGCGGGUCAGGUGAAUUGGCCAUGCUAAAUUGCCCGUAGUGUUAGGUAUGGGUGGGUUGCGCUUCGGCGAGUCAGUGUGGACUUGUUGGGCCGAAGGGCCUGUUUCCACACUGUAAGUAACCUAAUCUAAUGUAAUCACACGGCACUCUCCUCACUGCUGAGCCGUGCCAAUAAACAAAAGACCAGUUCUUGAUCCAUCGAGGGGAGAGUGAGGAACAUCGCAUCAGCCAUGAUUGAAUGGCGGAGCAGGGUUGGAGGGGCCACGUGGCCUCUCCCCUGCUCCCGUUUCGUACUGUCUAACGCGAGUGCAUUCCCAACACCGUCUCUGUCUGCCCUCUGCCCUGCCCCCUGGGUCUCUGUUUACUGCACACUCCUGCCCAGUGCUGUGGCCUCACUCCAGAUGAUCCAGUUGUGAACAGAGUGGGCAAAGUGUUCAGUGGGUUCUCAAACCCCCCUCCCCCUGAGCCAACCAAGGAGCAGGAGCGUUAAAAACAAAGGUGUGAUGGCCUCCUCGCUAAUCCCGUGGACCUAAAUGUUUGUGGUGGUGGGUGGUCACCCAGGAUAUUAAGUUGUUUGAUGUUUUUUUUUACCUUGCUAAAUGUGAUGAUGUGUCUGUACUCACGAUGGAUAAUCAAGCAUCUUUUUAUUUUGUUUUUGGAAAGUGAAUUUUGCACUUGAGUUCUAACACUGAGCUGUGAAUGUGAGUUACGAUCGCUGAUCCGAGCGUGUGCUCGCGCGCACGCGCGCGCACACACACACACACACAACUGCCCAACACCAGUGUUGUCCUGACCAACAAGAGAGAUGCCAACGUGCGAUAGGAGCCGAUCAGGGAUUGCCUCUCGUCAGUCAAUGUCCCUUUUUUUUAAACCCUACAGUAUUCUGCUACCUUGUCCCGGGUUGCUCACCCGAACCCUGGCCUCUGCUGCCCCUACCCACUGGGGAGAGAUUUGCCCAAAGCCGAGGAGGUGGGACGUGUGGCCUGACUUCCUAAAUCUCUUAAAAAUUAGGGCCCUGUCAUUUCAGAGAGGGGGAGUGAGGGGAAGAGAUGUGUAUCUGUGAGAGGCACGCAUCUGAAACUCUUACUCCAGUGAGGGAGGCAGGGUCCUUGGAAAGAUUUCAGCCAAAUGUUUGACCAACGAGGGUCUCGGAGGGUGAACAGGAGAGUGGAGUCGAGGCCACAGCAUCGAGGAGCUGAAUGCCCUGUUGCUGCUCCCAGUUACGCUCACAAUUUGUGAGACCCUCUUCCCCCUCCCCGCCCACCCCCCCCUCUCCUCUUGCCACUCACCAUGGACACUGAGGUGGUCCCCCUGAGCGAGAGUGUUGCUGGGAUCGGAGGUGGGUGAGGACCCAGUGACCUGCUGGUCAGGUAGGCCAGGCCGGUUUCCCGGGGAAUUGGGGUUCUGUCCGGUGACCCCAGGGUCGCCAGUGCGGUGGGGCUGGGUGCUUUCACUGGAGGGGGAGGGGGAGGCGGUGCAGCCAGUGGUGAAGGGAGGGGGAGCCUGGGCCUGCCUACUCUCUGCCUUUGAGGAGCCUUCACAGUAAAGGGGCCGUCCCUCGGUGCACACACACACUGUGGUGUUCCCCUGGUACCUCUCAAACCAGUGCACUGCCCCAGAGGUCAGCAGGUCUGGGGUUUCACACCUCCUUCCCGAAUCUCUGGUGCAGGAGGGCUGAAGAUAACAGUUCACCGGCCCCCUUUUGCCCGUGCACACACGUCCUUCCCCUCCACCCCCAGGGCCACAGCUCACUCCGUGGUGGCUGGAGAGCUUUGUCUUUGAACAGAGCCCAACGCCGAACGGGGAGCAGAGAACCGUUGCGUUCUGAACAACGGCCUGUACCCAUCCAAGAAACCACUGGGGUUGAGGAAUAAGCAGAAGGGUGGGAGUCUGCCAGAGUCAGAGAAAUCUGAGAUCUCCUCAGAUCGCCAACAGUCCCAACGUUGCUCUCGUUUCCCCUUGGAGGGGGGUCAGAAGGACCCAACUACCCUGAUCCCUGAAAGAUUACCCCAUCCCCCAGAUGCACAUAGAGGGUGUGGGGAGAGCUAACAACAG